AUGCGGUGGCCGUGGCCUCUGGCCAUCUCUCUCGCCGUGGCGUUAGCGGCGGGUCCCGGCAGGGUCCCCGGGGGCAUCCCCCUGCGCCGGGGCGGGCGAGAGGCCGUGACCCAGGAGCAGCCGAGCCGGUCCAGGCGUGGCAACGAGGAGGAGGAGGAGGCCAAGGGGGUGCAGCAGUAUGUGCCCCAGGAGUGGGCUGAGUACCCCCGGCCCAUCCGCCCCACCGGGCUGCAGCCCACCGAGCCCCAGGUGGCCGCCAGCGCCCACCCGGACCGGGCCGUGGUCCCUGGGGGCAGCAGGCAGGAGCCUCGGGGCAACACGACGGGGCCGCCGGGCCGGCGGCUGCAGAUCCAGAACCCCCUGUACCCGGUGACGGAGAGCUCCUACAGGGCCUACGCUGUGCUGCUCCUGGCCCUGGUGCUGUUUGCCGUGGGCAUCGUGGGCAACCUGGCGGUCAUGUGCAUCGUGUGGCACAGCUACUACCUGAAGAGCGCCUGGAACUCCAUCCUCGCCAGCUUGGCCCUCUGGGACUUUCUGGUCCUCUUCUUCUGCCUCCCUGUCAUCAUCUUCCACGAGAUCACCAAGCAGAGGCUGCUGGGUGACGUGUCUUGCCGGGCUGUGCCUUUCGUGGAGGUCUCCUGUCUCGGCGUCACCACCUUCAGCCUCUGCGCCCUGGGCAUUGACCGCUUCCACGUGGCCACCAGCACCCUGCCCAAGGCCAGGCCCAUCGAGCCGUGCCCGUCCAUCCUGGCCAAGCUGGCGGUCAUCUGGGUGGGCUCCAUGACGCUGGCUGUGCCCGAGCUCCUGCUCUGGCAGCUGGUGCAGGAGCCUGGCCCUGCUGCGGGCCCCGUGGACGCGUGCGUCAUGAAGCCCUCGGCCCACCUGCCCGAGUCCCUCUACUCGCUGGUCUUGACCUACCAGAACGCCCGAAUGUGGUGGUCCUUCGGCUGCUACUUCUGCCUGCCCGUCCUCUUCACGGUCACCUGCCAGCUGGUGACGUGGCGGGUGUGGGGCCCGCCCGGCAGAAAGCCGGAGUGCCGGCUGGGCCAGCAGGAGCAGCACGAGGGUCAGCUCAGCAGCACCGUGGUGGGCCUGACCGCCGUCUACACUCUCUGCACCCUCCCCGAGAACGUGUGCAACGUCGUGGCCGCCUACCUCUCGGCCACGCUCGCCCGCCAGACCCUGGAGCUCCUGGGCCUGGUGGGCCAGUUCUCCACCUUCCUCAAGGCGGCCGUCACGCCCGUGCUCCUCCUGUGCGUGUGCCGGCCGCUGGGCCGCGCCUUCCUGGACUGUUGCUGCUGUUGCUGCUGUGAGGGCUGCGGUGGGGGGGCAGCCACCGACGGCCCCGAUGCCAAGCUCCAGACGGGGCUGUCCACCUCUGUCUACUUCCACAAGCCCCGGGAGGCGCCACCGCUCCUGGCCCUGGGCACGCCCUGCUGA